AUGAAGGCACUCGCCUUGGCACAUGCCGGCCGAACAAAGGAGGGCGGUGGUCUGUGCAGGGGAUGCUAUGAUAAAGGUGAGAGGUUCGAUAGUAAGUGCAAGGAGGUGAUGAGAAAUCAUGCGCAGGAAGAAUCUCCGAAUGCUCCUCUACAGGGGGCAAAAGGUACCCUGGAGGAGCUUGGAGAUACGCUGUUAGUUUAUAGAGGCUCUCCUGCAUCCCUGUCAACUCAGACUUCCCAGAUAUCCAGCCAGGAACACUUGCUUCCAUCUCAAUUGGCUUCACAUCCGGAAAUGGGAGCUGUUCCGGAUUUAUCAUCGAGUGAUUCCAUGGAAUCAGGCCCACCUGCCAGACUUCGAGAUAGAUCAUCGGAGAGUAAUUUCUCAUCACUUGAACAGGAAGCGUCUCAUCUGGAGGUUGUUGUGCAAAUUGAGCAGCAACCCCAUGGAGAAAAGAGGCCCUCCGAAACGCCCCAGGAGAGUCUCAUGGCAGCCCCGAGGCCCAAGAAUCCUCGUCUAAGGGACACAUUCAAUGAUACAGCUGCCAGGAAUCUUGUUCAGAAUAUGCAAGCAACUAUGAAUGAGGCAGGAUUUACUCCAAAUAACCGACCAAGGAACAGUGGAGGAUAAAAAGCUCAUUCCGGACAAUUUCCUAUCCUAUUGAAACAAUCGCUCAAUUUAUGCUCACGUGUCCUGAUCCUCCAUUG